AUGAAGAUCUCGCAUUUGGUCUUGGUGAACCUGUGCUGCGUCCUGGCGUCUAGUCUAGCGUCUAGUAGAGCCGCGGAAACCGACGGGGAAAUAGUUAGUCCCUCGACGGAGACAGGGGAAUCCCGUGCACGACGCCACCGCCAGCCUGCGGGAGGGGGAGGAGGAGGAGGAGGAGGAGGGGAGGAACGACGCACUCCAAGGAGGAAGAGGGCCAUUGUUAAGAGAGAUGCCACCGACAGAAGCUCCUUAGAGAUUUAUCUCGAGACCUCGAUAGCCAUUGAAGUCAUUGAUGGAUUCAAGGAGGAAUAUGCGCUGGAUUUCGUAGGGAGGAGCUGGGCUGAGGCUGACGCCCUGUUCCCCAGGGGAUGCUUAAACGACGCCUACCUCCCCCCGUCUCAGCUGCUGCCCUACUCGUCCAUCCCUUACCUGGAGGAGCUGCCGAGAUCCUACGGACUGAUGCAGCACUGCCUCGUGUCCCUGGAGAACCUCAUCGUGGACCACAUCCACCUGAAGGAGUACAAGUUCCUCCGGCAGCUGAACGACGUGUUCCUCAACGUCGUGCAGAUCCUGGACUACCUGAAGAGGGACAUGGAAGUCAACCGGUGCCAAGCGGACAACGCCAAGACGCAAAGCCUGACGUCGAUGGUUUACCAGGACGCCAACGGCGCCCUCAACCAGAGGAAGAGAUCCUUCGUCAUCCUUCGGGAUGUCAAGGUUUCCCUUGAUUACGUCAAGGACACUUUCCCGCUGUGAAGAUCCAACGACGCUCGGCUUUUGUUUUCCUCUUGUUUGCUGUUUAACUUCUUCUUUUUCUUCUUCUUCACGAGGAUUGUGUACGAAAAAAGGUAUCUACUAUAACUGCCCAACCUGUCAACAAGUAUAUAUAGGCUUUAGGUUCAGCUCUCAAAAGAAUGUGGAGUCAGGAGUUGGUAAAACUUUGAUCUGUUGAUAUAUAUGUUGAUAUAUAUACAUGUACGGUUAUAAUUCCCUUCCAUUUUUAUUCGUUUCAACUCACCCAUAACGUUGCUUUAUCCUAUGAAACCCUUUUUUUAUAUUUGUAAAACUAUCAGAAAGUCUAGAAUAAAUUUAUAGAAUAAA